AUGCUGCCAAUCCCGGAUAAUCUCGCGUACGCCAUUGAGGAGAAGACAUGGGGAAAAUCUGUCGACACACUCGACGAGAAGAACCAGACGGAAGAAAUACUGAACGGCCAUAUAACUUGUGUAUUGCGGACAUGGAACACAAUGCGCAUUACCGACCGUGCCCUAUGGAACGACUUUCACGAUGAAUUCAAUGGAUGGACUCUGGAUAUAUUCAAGGGGGCAAAUAAGAACGCUUUGAAAAUGCUUCGACAUCAUCUGACUACCCACGGAGUAUGGAUCAGGGUAGGUCCGGGGAUAUCUUUCGCGAAGGGACUAUACGACUGCCUCCAAGAAGUCACUCAGCACGAAUGGACCAAAGAAGACAUCGAGGACCAUCUAAAGGAACACCCAGACAACUUCAACUCCAGAUGGAACCCUGCACGCGACCAAGCGCCAACUAUCCGACCAAGUUCUCUCGCAGCACGAGCUACUUCGGUGAACCCACCAAUUCCCCAAACCCCUCGAAAUGAUGUUGUGAAACCACAUAUCGGACAAAUCGACCAGAUGUGGGAAGAAGCCAGAUCCACACCGCUCGAUACAGCCCAUAUAGACAAUCACAUACAGCAACAAUCCAGUUACAGCGCAUUCCAACAGAAUUCCCAAGAUAUACCGUUACCAAGAAUGAUUGAAGCAGUAAUGAGGCUGUAUAGCAAUACGGACGACAAGUAUAGCGGAGGACUAUAUGAUGACCUCAACACAAAACUAGUCAAGUUCUGCGACGUCUGUGAAAAGAUCGGCCUACAGGAGCAUCAGUUCCAUAUUGCAUUCUCGCUUAUGCUCAAAGGAAAAGCGGAGAAAUUUUACUUCACAAGGAUCAAAGGAAACGCGAGGGAUUUUUCAACGAUGGUAGAGAUGAUGAGGGCUAAAUUCGACACGGAGAAACGUCAAAGAUCUAUCAUCGAAUGGAGGGAAACCACCUUUCCGAGGAUUAUUGCUCAAAACCCGGAGAAGUCGCGCUCGGAAUGCCUCGAGAUACUCUUCGAAACACUCGAGAAGAUCCAGCCAGGAUUGCCCCCAGAACACCGGUCGGAGACGACCCUACGGGAACAAACCAUAAAGGCUUGCAGAGGCGUCGAGGAAUGCAAAUUCUCCUUACAUAGGCCAGCGAGCACUCUCGAGGGCGUACAAGCGGAACUGCGAUCAGCAGUUGCUAAUGCGACAUUUUCACCGCGUUCCGGGCAAUUCCACGCUCGCGAGGAGUACGACGUGCAUAAUCAGCAUUGGACUGACCGCACAUACAGGGGGAGAAAUCGUGGAUACAGCCACGGUGGCUACAACCAGCGUCGAAGAAGCUAUGGGUACGGCAACAGCCGUGAACCCACUCCCCUUCGUGGAUCAGGACCGCGAGGAGGAUACCGCAGAGGCCGACGAGGACCUCAAUGGGCCCGCCAGGGGAGAUGCUACGUCUGUGGACGACCAGGAUGCUGGUCGAAGUAUCAUACCGGGGAAGAACGAAAACGAUCCCUCGACAACUUCCGCGAGCAACACUUCUUCAUGACAGGCCGGACAGCCACCCCGCAGGACUUCCAAAUGUUUAUCAGCGACUUCGAAGGCGCAGAGGAAAUAGAGGAGCUAGACGACAGCGAUAGGAAUGACCCAAGCCAGACACUCGCGGUUAUGACUAUUGAGGAUGAUGAGCACGAGGGGUUCUUGACGGAAAUCGGGCAAGUCGAUGGAAUCAGGACGAUAUCUAUCCUGAAUGACCAGUCAGCAUACCACUUUUUCACUAAAGAUGACAUCUUCCAUCAGUGA